AUGAGUCUGCGGAAGCAAACCCCCAGUGAUUUCUUAAGGCAAAUCAUUGGACAGCCAGUUGUGGUAAAAUUAAAUUCUGUUGUGGAUUAUCAAGGGGUCCUGGCCUGGCUGUGCAGCUGUGUGAGCAUAGCACAGGAACGGGGAGAGGGGGAUAGACAAAUGGACAGCUGGAGAAUAUUUUAUUUAUUUACUUGA